ACAUGUACACUGAUCAUCAGGGCACUGAUCAGUGUGCCCUGAUGAUCAGUGUGGCCCCAGAAGUGCCACCUGUCAGUGCCACAUAUCAGUGUCCAUCUGAGCUGCCUUUCAAUGUCACCCAUCAGUGCCAGUCAGUGCCAACCUAUCAGUGCUGCCAAUCAGUGCCACCUAUCAGUGCCAGUCAGUGUCGCCUAUCAGUGCCAGUCAGUGCCGCCUAACAGUGCCAAUCAGUGCCACCUAACAGUGCUCGUCAGUGUCUGCCAGUCAGUGCCGCCUAUCAGUGCCACCUAUCAGUGCCAUAUAUCAGUGUCAUGUAUCAGUGCUGCCUUUCAGUGCCCACCAGUAAUGCCUGUCAAUGCCCAUCAGUGCAACCUACCAGUGCCUCCUCAUCAGUGCCACCUAUCAGUGCCCAUCACUGCAACCUCAUUAGCGCACAUCAGUGAA